AUGAAAGCUAUAAUUAAACUGUGCACAUGUGCUCGAGUGCCAUCGUUCUCGUCAUCACUUCAGUUGUUUUCAAGGUCAAUAACAUCUUUAUCAAGCAUUCAUUCCGAAACGCCAUCAUCAACCUCAGACUAUGCUCAGUCAUAUGAGCUCAAACUGGAAUCCCUCAAACCUAAGGAGACCUUUUUGAAGACGCUGAAUGGCAAUGAACAAAAUCUAAUCAAGAAACUUGUCAAGGAAUUGGAGGUUUAUCUAUGGAUGGCACCAUCAGCUCCAGAAGUGAUGUCUGAUGACGAUUGGCGUCGUUUACUUACACAGCCGAGUCUUUCAGAACGAGUUUCAUUCCUGCGCUAUUUAGCCAUCACACAAUAUCGUGCCAAACAAGAUCUGCUCAAGAAGCAAAGCGCUGAUGAAGCUUACAUUGAAUACAUCAAGGAACAGGUUAGAUUUUAUCUAUUCCCUGGUGUUUUUCAUCCAAGAAUAUUCAUUUCAGUUCAAUUGUAA